AUGGCAGACGAUGUGGACGUAUGUGCGAUAUGUGCUGAUAAUUGCAUUGUUAACAGCAAAGUAAUAAAGUGCAAGCUGUGUGUGAAAUCAUUCCAUCCUGUGUGUGUUGGGUUGAAGGAUCUAAACUGCAAGUAUCUGUGUGAGUUUGAUAAUCUGAUCUCGUUUUGUGAUAACUGCAAACAAGUAGGAAACUCUAGCGUCACUAAAUCGCAUAUGUUGAUACUGCAAAAAGAAAUCGAAUGUCUUAAUAGAGAGAAAGAUAUCCAGGCUAAAUUAAUUAGCGAACCCCAGUCUUCCUUGGAGUUACAUAAUUCAAAUCCGAUACGUUACAAAAAGAGCUCAGUGAGGCAAAAAGUGCUAUUGCUCCAGUAAAAAAUAUUGCUAGCACGAACACGCAUAGUCAGGUAUUACAGAAAAAUGUAAAGAAUGAUAAAAAUGUAGAAUCGUCUGUUUUACUAGUGAAAUCAGCUGAUAGGAAUAAUAGAGAUGAUGUGCUACAAGUCUUGUCAAAAACGAUUAUUCCUUCUCGUUUAAAUAUAUGCAUUAGCGGCACGAAGAAAAUUAAAGAAGGGGUUGCUGUGUACUGCAAGGGAGAUGACGAUGUGGCAAAACUAAAAAAUGCUGUCAAUGGUCAACUAAAUGGCCGUUUGACUGCCAACGAGUUGAAAAAAUACAACCCCCGUCUGCUAGUAAAAAAUGUGAAUUUCUCUGAUGAUAUCAAGGAUGACAAGAUGUUAAUUGAGAACAUCGUGGGAU